CAGACCUGACUUCGCGCGCACUCAAGGAAGAAGAAGCAGAUUAACACAAUGAGCUACCCUGGAUACCCUCCCCAAGCAGGAGGCUACCCUCCCCAAGCAGGAGGCUACCCACCACAAGCAGGAGGCUACCCUCCACAAGCAGGAGGCUACCCUCCACAAGCAGGAGGCUACCCUCCACAAGCAGGAGGCUACCCACCACAAGCAGGAGGCUACCCUCCCCAAGCAGGAGGCUACCCGCCACAACCUGGUGCUUAUCCUCCUCAACCUGGUGCCUAUCCACCACAGCCUAGUGCCUAUCCUCCAGCGCCACCUCCAGGCAGCUGGGGAGGUGGCCUUGCAGGUGGAUACCCCUCUGCUGGUUCUAACAACUUUCCAAGUCCUGGAUACAACGCUGGCAUGGGAGCGGGGGGGACCAUGCCCCAACAACAACAAUGGCCUGGAAUGGGCUACCCUAGUCAGCCUGGUCAACCAAUGCCUGGUUACCCUGGUGCACCAUCACCCAACCAACCCAUGCCUGGUUUUGGAGGAGCACCCACACCAACACCCACACCAACACCAGCAUACCCAUCACCAAAUCCAUCGAUGCCAGCCUACGGAGGUGGAGCCAUGCCAGUAAAUCCACCUGUCAAUAGAGGAUUCAGGGGAACAAUUGUGGACUUUCCUGGAGCUGACCCACUCAAAGAUGUGGAGGUCCUGAGAAAGGCCAUGAAGGGCUUUGGAACGGACGAGCAAGCCAUAAUUAAUUUACUGGGGAGUCGCUCCAACAAGCAGCGUGUACCGUUGCUCAAAGCCUACAAAACUUCUUAUGGGAAGGAUCUGAUCAAAGACCUGCAUUCAGAACUCUCUGGGGACUUCAGGAAGCUGGUCAUGGCUACGUUGAAGACUCCAGCUCAGUUUGAUGCCUCUCAACUCCAUGAUGCGAUGAAGGGAGCUGGAACUGAUGAGGCCUGUCUGAUAGAGAUCUUGUCCUCUCGCUCUAAUUAUGAAAUCAAAGAGAUAAAUCGAGUUUACAAAGAAGAGUACAAGAAAAAGCUAGAAGAUGCUAUUCAAAACGAUACCUCAGGCCACUUCUGCAGGCUCCUGAUCUCUCUGGCCCAGGGCAAUCGAGAUGAACGAGAGACUGUUGAUAUCGCUUUGGCCAAACAGGAUGCUCAGGCUCUGUAUGCUGCUGGGGAGAAUAAACUGGGAACUGAUGAGUCCAAAUUCAAUGCCAUUUUAUGCGCCAGGAGCAAACCCCAUCUCAGCGCAGUGUUUUAUGAAUACCAGAAAAUGUGCGGUAGAGACAUCGAGAGCAGCAUAACGAGAGAAAUGUCUGGAGACCUUGAGAGUGGCAUGCUGGCAGUUGUGAAGUGCAUUAAGAACACACCUGCCUACUUUGCUGAGAGACUUUACAAGUCCAUGAAGGGUCUCGGAACUAAAGACCAAACCCUGAUCCGGAUCAUGGUGUCCCGUUCAGAGGUUGACAUGCUGGAUAUUCGUCAGGAGUAUCUUAAAAAGUAUGGCAAAUCGCUGUAUACACACAUCACUGCGGACACGUCAGGAGACUACAGGAAACUCCUACUCAAGCUCUGUGGUGGCAAUGACUGAAAAAGCGGCAUCAUCUACGGCACCGUAGCUGUUUAUCAUGGUUUUUUGAAUGCAUUAUACCCAAGCUGCAAAUCUACACUAUUUGUCACUGAUUUCAAAGCAAUUUUUACUCGGCAGCAUUUUCUUUAUAUAUUGUACACACUGAAAGCUUUUAUAUUUUCUCACGUGGUUUACUGGAGAGUUGAAUGUAUACAACCAUAAAUUAUAUAUUUUAUUACUGGUAGCUUAAAACUCAAUUGUAGCGUAAUACCAUGAGUGGAUAUUUUGAAUGUGCCAGGAAGAUAUUAAAUAUUUUAUUUCUCUAAUUUUCAGCAUUAUAGGAUAAAGAGAAACCAGAGUAAAACGACAAUCAUUGCAAUUGCAUGAUCUGCUUUGUAGUUAUUAGCAUUUUGAUAUGUUUUGCUUGUCUCGGCUUUGCUGCAUUUGUCGUAGAUAUUUUAUUCCACAAAAGGAUGUCCCUCUAAAACAUAAAUAUGCAAAAAAUUAGCAUCCAUUUGUGAAAACGCAUGGUCUUUAUUGAGAAACAGACUUUCAACAGAUGACACUUUUGGGGUUGAAACUCCCAGACUUUUUGAAGCCUACGAUAAACACUUCCAAAUUAUCUUUAUUUAAAUUACUACAACUUGUUUUCAAAACUGAUGCUCUUAACAGUGCACUAUAGAAAAGCUUCUUUUUUUUCGCCAGUAGAGGGCAGGGUAGUAUUUUUAUUAGCUCUUGUGGGUUCUUAAAAUGCAAUCCAGUAUGUAAAAUUCAUAAGAUGGCAUUAAAUCAAUAGUAUUUUCAUGCCAUUAAUGAUCGGCUUCAUAUUUACACACCGAGUGAUGAAUGCCACAACACCGUUUUCAAGUUGGUGCCUUUUUAUGCGUUUUUGUUCAAAUUGCUUUUUCCUUGUGGAGUGUGGGGCCAACAUGUGGCUGCUCAAAUAACUUACCAUUUAAUUAUUGCUGGGGUGGGGAGUAUUAAUGACUGCUGAAAGCAGCUUUGACCACAUCUACAUACCUACCCGGAAAAAUACACUUGGGGAGUUUUAAUUUGGGGAAAAAAAGGGUUUUGGGUUAAAACUAGAUAUGAUUGUUUGAAUUUAUUGAAGAUUAAAAGCAAUUUCAUCACAGUUGGGGAAACCAAUUAUCUCAAAUGAGUCCUAUAAGGUAAUUACAAUGUAUAUCUACAAACAUUAUAGGUUUAACGUGAUAAUUAAAAAUCUGUUCUAUUUGGAGGUGUCCUGCUCAACCGUUUCAAAGCUAAUUAAAAAGUGUAAAUGGAUGUGCUUAUUUUAACAUGUAUUAAAACUGAUCUGAUCAUCUGGGAGUUCCAGGAUGUUCAAAGAUGAUGUUGAUCUGGAGAAACAUGAGAAAACAAAUAAAAUUACUGAGAUGCAAA